AUGCUAGAGUACCGUUGCAGCUCCGUUGAUUGGAAGCCAUCUCCGGUGGUAGCCCUAGCAAACAGCGCCGACGACACUCAAGUCGCGGCGGCUCGCGAGGACGGUUCUCUAGAAAUCUGGCUCGUCUCCCCAGGCGCCGUCGGAUGGCACUGUCAACUCACCAUCCACGGCGAUCCAAAUUCAAGAAUCUCGUCCCUUGCUUGGUGCCGUGCUGGUUCCCAAGGGCUACCUUCCGGUCGUCUCUUUUCUUCUAGCAUCGAUGGUUCCAUCUCCGAGUGGGACCUCUUCGACUUAAAGCAGAAAGUUGUGCUAGAUUCCAUUGGAAUCUCAAUCUGGCAAAUGGCUGUUUCCCCAACUUACUUACUCUCCAUUGAUAAUCGGAUUGAGAAGGAGGAAAGUGAGAGUGAAGAUGAUUCUGACUCAGAAGAAGAGUUUCAUCAUGACCACUCAGAUAGGCUUCUUGCAGCUGCUUGUGAUGAUGGCAGUGUCAGGCUGUACCGUAUCUCUGACUUCAACAAGUUAACAUAUUAUAGAUCAUUGCCUAGAGUCAGUGGACGUGCUUUAAGUGUUACAUGGAGUCCUGAUGCACAGAGGAUCUUUUCCGGUAGUAGCGAUGGACUGAUAAGAUGCUGGGACGUUAACACCUGUCAAGAGGUAUACAGAAUUACAGUUGGUCUCGGAGGACAGGGAAGUAGCUCUGAGAUAUGUGUUUGGUCUCUUCUUUCUUUGAGGUGUGCAGUUCUUGUUAGUGGAGAUAGUACAGGAUCUGUCCAGUUUUGGGAUAGUCAACAUGGAACUCUUUUGGAGUCGCACUCUAAUCACAAAGGUGAUGUUAAUUCUCUUGCAGCAGCCCCCAGCCACAAUCGAGUCUUUUCUGCUGGUUCGGAUGGACAGGUUAUUCUCUACAAGCUCUCUGGUAGUACAAACAGUUCUCAAGAUUUGAAGCCUUCUUCCUCUCAGAAAUGGGAUUAUAUUGGUUAUGUUAAGGCUCAUACACAUGACAUCAGAGCUCUUACAGUUGCUGUGCCAAUUAGUCGAGAAGAUCCCUUUCCGGAUGAUACGUUGCCAGAUAAGAGUGGUGCACGUAAGCAUCGCAAGAAAGGGAAGCCGGUUGACUUCACUUACCAUAAAUGGGCUCAUUUGGGUGUUCCGAUGCUUAUUUCCGCUGGGGAUGACGCAAAGCUUUUUGCUUAUUCAAUUCAGGAGUUCACUAAGUUCUCACCACAUGAUAUUUGUCCUGCGCCUCAGAGAGUACCCAUUCAAAUGGUACACAAGUCGGUGUUCAAUCAGACUUCUCUCCUCCUGGUUCAGGGUAUUAGUGAUUUAGAUAUUCUUAGGCUUAACCUAAGCACUGAUUCUAGUGGACGUGCCUCAACAAAGCCAUUGGUUCGUGUUAAAAGUAGAGAUUCCAGGAAGAUCAUCUGCAGUGCAAUCUCCAACACCGGAUCACUCUUUGCUUAUUCUGACCAAAUUGGCCUCAGUCUGUUUGAGUUAAAGAAGAAUGAAAUUGCAAAGAGCCCGUGGAGUGUCAGUAGAAGACGACUUCCCACACUUCCAUUUGCGCAUUCCAUGAUUUUCAGUUCAGACUGCUCUCGAUUGAUAUUAGCAGGACAUGAUAGAAGGAUAUAUGCUAUUGACGUUAGUAAUAUGGAACUAGUAUAUACUUUUACACCAUGUCGGGAGGAACAUGAAGGUGAAUCUCCACCUAUGGAGCCUCCUAUAACAAAACUUUAUACCAGCUCAGAUGAUCAAUGGCUAGCCGCUAUCAAUUGCUUUGGAGACAUAUAUGUAUUCAACCUCGAAACACAAAGGCAACACUGGUUCAUAUCAAGGCUUGAUGGUGCAUCUGUUACAGCUGCUGGUUUUCAUCCUUGGAAUAACAAUGCGCUUGUGAUCUCAACCUCCUCGAACCAGGUCUUUGCUUUUGAUGUAGAGGCUAGACAGUUGGGCAAGUGGUCGCUUCUACACACAAACGUUCUGCCAAAGAGGUACCAGGAGUUUCCUGGGGAGGUCAUUGGACUCUCAUUCUCACCUUCUCCAAAUUCAUCGUCUGUAAUAGUUUACAGUUCCAGGGCGAAGUGUUUAAUCGACUUUGGGAAGCCCGUAGAAGAAGAUGAAGAAAAUGAUUUACCAAACGGCAAUCUAUCUAAAAGUCUAGAAGGUAAACUUGUCAACAUGGGCUUGAAAUUGGGGAAAGGUACAAACCGAAAACGUCGGUUAGAGGAGUAUCAGUUAGAGGGUAAGAGUAAAGGGAGAAAGAACUUUGAAAUCUUACCCUCGAAACACCCAGUUUUGUUUGUGGGUCACCUCUCUAAAAACUCAAUCAUGGUGAUAGAAAAACCGUGGAUUGAAGUUGUUAAGAGUUUGGAAACUCAACCAGUGGACAGACAUAUUUUUGGGACUUGAAACAGAAAGAUUUGUUUUGUCUGAAGAAGAUGGUCACUUUUUUGUCUGGUGAAGUAGAAAGGGCUAAUAGAGAUGUUGAGAGUGGAGAAGUUAUCUGUUUACAUCUUUUUUUCGUUGUCUUUAAGUAUUGAUGAAUCCAUAUGUUUUGUAAUGCUGCCACAGAACAUGAAUUUUUGUUCAACUUAAGUUUGACUUUCUUUUGAGACUUAUUGGUUCAAAAAA